AGAAAACGCGGGUUACCAACUUACCAAUACCAAACGAGAGAAUGUAAAAAAAAACGGGUUACCUCAUCAGACUCUCCCCCCCCUGGACCAGAUCUACUCGGGUCGGGUCAAACCUCAGAUCAGAUCGUAGAGACGAAACAAUUCAACCAUGGCGGCAGCAAGGCGACUCCGCACGCUCCAAUCCCAACCGGAGAACAAAGUCUGCGUCGACUGCUCCCAAAAGAACCCUCAAUGGGCGUCAAUCUCCUACGGCAUCUUCAUGUGCCUAGAAUGCUCGGGAAAGCACCGAGGCCUGGGCGUCCACAUCUCCUUCGUCAGAUCCGUCACCAUGGACUCAUGGUCCGAGAUCCAGAUCAAGAAAAUGGAAUCCGGCGGCAACGAGACGCUCAACAGCUUCCUCGCGCAAUACGGAAUCGCCAAGGAGGCGGAGAUCGCCGCAAAGUACAAUUCAAACGCCGCGUCGGUGUAUCGCGAUCGGAUCCAGGCCUUAGCUGAGGGUAGGCAGUGGAGAGAUCCGCCGGUUGUUAAGGAGGUGGUGGUUAAUAAGAAGCCUCCGUUGCAGGGGAGCAAUGGGGGAUGGGAUGAUUGGGAUAACGACGAUGCGUUUAGGUCUCCGAGGAGGAACCAGUCGGCGAGUGAUUUCAGGGGUUAUGGAGGUGGCGGUGGUGGUGGUGGAGCUCCGGCGAAGUCGAAGUCGUCGGAGGAUAUAUACUCGAGGACGCAGCUGGAGGAUAAAGAGAGUUUUUUCGCGAAGAGGAUGGCGGAGAAUGAGUCUAAGCCUGAGGGGCUUCCUCCUUCGCAAGGAGGGAAGUAUGUGGGGUUUGGAUCGAGUCCUGGUCCAGCUGCUCCGAGAAGUAAUCAGCAGAGUGGUGAUGUUUUCUCUGUUGUGUCUGAGGGAUUUGGAAGAUUUUCUCUUGUUGCUGCGAAUGUUGUUCAGUCAGGGACCAUGGAGUUCACUUCAAAGGCCCGGCCCUGGUUAGAGCGUAAUGUUAUUCAGACAGGAACCAUGGAGUUCACUUCCAAGGUCAAAGAAGGUGGCUUAGAUAACACGGUGAGUGAGACUGUUAAUGUUGUUGCGAGUAAGACAACGGAGAUAGGACAGAGGACGUGGGGGAUCAUGAAAGGAGUAAUGGCAAUUGCUUCACAAAAGGUUGAAGAGUUCACUAAAGAAGAAGCAUCAACCUGGAGUCAACAGAAUAAGAGUGAGGGCAAUGGUUACACUAAUUCAUCUCUUGGAGGGUCGCAAUCAUCAUCAAGUUACCAAAACAAUUAUCGUAGUAACUCGAACUCCUGGGAUAACAAAAAGGAAGCAGCGCCAAAAGUGUCACAAUCAUCAUCAGGUGGUCACCUCAACGGUUAUGGUAACUCGAACUCUUGGGAUGACUGGGGAGAAGAGAAGAGUACUACCAAAAAGGAAGCUAAGGAUGAUGGUGAUGGUGAUGAUGAUGGUUGGGCUGGUUGGGAUGAUAAUGAUGCUAAAGAUGAUGAUGAUGGUUACUAUCAGAGUGGUGCAGGGGUUAAGAAAUCUGUAGGCCACAAUGGGAAACCAGACACUGCUUGGACUGGUGGAGGUUUUCUCUAGCGGUGUUUCGUGAGGAAUGGGAUUGAAGUUGUACCAUUGAGGAAAAAGCAAAGACUUGUGGUCGUUGUGAUCUGUCAAAAAGAGAGAGAGCAUCGAGUGGUAAUCUCAACCAUUGUAAGCCAUUGCAUGUCUGUUUUUUUUUUCACAUUAUCGAUUGCUUGGCGUUCAUGAACUAGUGAGCGUCAUUUGCUCUUCUACAAUAUAGUUUUUCUUAAAUUAUUUUAUCUUCAUUAUAUUUGUACAAGCUUUAUAGGGGAUUUUGCUUGCUAAUCAAUUCGGGUUAGUCUUCAGCUCUUUUUCGA